AUGGGCGGAGAAGCGAACGAUUGCAAAUCUGUCAUUUUCCAAGUGUCACUAAAUUCGUUUGUUUUAUCUAACGUUAAACGAUGCUUACAAAAUUGGAAGGUUCAUAAAUUAGAUCAUUUGUCUACCCGCCAAGAAACAGCUGCUGAGGCGUUAGGACGAGUUCGAGGUAUGGUUCCACCUUUGAUCUACAAAGCUGGCUCACGGGGCCUCAAUAAGGGCCUUUUCCGAACCCUCGCUGUUAGCUUUGGGCCGUCCCCAAGUGUCACUAUUGAAGCUUCUGACGACGGCCAUUCAGAACCCUUGAAAGUCCGUGCACUCAUGCAACAGCUUUCAGAUCAGACUAGAAAAUACGAAAGUAGGGCGCUGGCCGCUCGGGAACUUUCAAAUUAUAUUAAUGUGCUUUCCACAGAAUCAGUGUUAAGUUCCUGGAAUGGUGCAAACGACCUUUUGCAGCCUGGAAUUCCCCCAACCGCACGGCACGCAGCACUUCUUUUUUUGCAUGCUUGUUUGAAACGUUUAUCGCCCAGUAUGAAUGAUACGCUUCGAUUGGCUUUUUACUUUAGCCUUAUGGAUAAUACUGGGAUGGACUGCGAGAAGAGCCCUAGGAUGGAACCUGAGCUGGACACAUUCAUUGCGUGUCUUUCUGCCAUUACAGAUGGUGGCGUGAGUUUUGCGUCUAUACUUGAGCCACAGGGUGAAAUUUACGGCCUUGGCGAAUUUUUGCACAACACAUUGAUCCACCUGGCAGACGAUGAGGAGCGUAACGUGGCCGCGUCCACUAUAAAAGCAACCCUCACCUACCUUUUAAGCUGUGUUGAUAAUGGCUUGCAGCUGAGCGAAGAUUCUUUGCCGCAUAUAAUUGAUAUUGCAAACUUGUGGGAGGAUGACGAUGACAUACGACGAGUGUCGUUAGAAAUCCUGGUCCGACAUAUUGUGAUUUUACCUCAUAUAUCAGAAUCGGCAUUGAGUGGAACACUCAUCCUCUUCAUCAGAAUGCAAAAUAUAAAUGCCCACUUGAAUUGCGAACCUAACGGAAUGUUGUGUCAGCUAUUCGCUGGAAAGAGUGGCAACAAUUUGUUCAGAUUGUUCCUUGAUCUAGAAAUUAAAGAUGAGCAGUGCUCGAGGUAUUUUAUGAUAUUGAUAAAUCUCUUAACACAGAAAGAAUUCACUACACGCUGGCAGGAGCCGAGCACAUCUCCAAAAUACUUGGGCACGCUACUUACGAGGCUCUUUCUUGAAGUAUACAAAGGUUCAGAACCUCACGAGGUUGUACAGUGCCUUAUUUUGACUUCUUUUACGAAAAUGUUAGGAUGUCGAGAGUUCCUUAACUAUAUGAAAACCUAUCCUCAAUUUUGGCAGACAGCGGGGACCAACCAAUCCUCUACAACUGUUUUUCAAUUAUUGGGAGAAAUUCUCCAGAAGGAACAGUUAAACAGUCCAAUAAAGCACAGAAUACAGUCAGUUUUUGGCUAUAUCAUACAUCUAUCGUUAACUGAAAAAUACAGUCUGAUUGGCUGUGAUGAUCUCAGCACCAUUAUUCCGAUCCUUCUACCAUGCGGCAAGUUCUUGGACUCCAAGAUGAUUUCCCAGGUGUUCCAAUUGCUGAACAAGAAUGCGCAGGUAUGCUACACUUGGCUAAACGAGAUAAUUACUAAUUUUUAUGAAAUCGAUGGACCCUCAACAACGCGGUGUUACUCUGUCGAUCUAAUUAUCAAAAUUAUCAAAGAGGCACCGAAUGUUGAACUUCGUACAAGUAACUUCUUACUGGGAGCCAUGAAGAGACUUCUUUGCAACAUGUCUACCGAAGUAGACGGCGAAGUAGUAAGCAGGCUAGCGGAUCUUUAUUCGGAAGGCUGCCGAAGUCUAUCGAAAGAACUUGUUGAGGGAAUCAAUAACGAUGUCAUAACCCCUAUGUUCACGACAGAUGCCAAGCGGGGACGGUCGGCCCGCGCACAUCUGGGCUUUACCUCUUCUUUACUCUCCAAUCCAGAUAAUAAGCGUUCAAUUGCAGAAAACUGUGCUUCACUUGCUGUAUGGAGUAUAACCCAUAGAGAAGGAGAAAUCUUUUCAUCGUUUUACUGCCUCCUGAUUCAGAUUGUAAAAUACGCCCAGCAAGUAUCCCAUGUCGAGCUUUGUCUAACAGCCGCAAAGGUAUUAACCAAGAUACAUUGUCGCGAUUCUGACGAGGUUGUAAUAAUGGAGACUAAUGACGUUGAAGGCAUAUCAACGGCAUUGCACAAAAAUUCAAAAGUCAAAACAGCAUACACGGGAUCUAAAUGGUCAUUUCCAGAGGAGAUACCCCAUCUGAAAGAAGCACAAAGGAUAGCUUUUAGUGGCUCCUGCCGUUUACCAACAUUCGGAGAAAAUGUGACAGUUCGGGCGCUCCCCACAAUUGAUAUCCGCUUAUGGGUAUCAGUUGCAAUAUCCAUUCUCGAGGAGCCCUACGAUUGGGAAGUCUACUCGUAUCUUCUCACAUAUAUGUGCCCUCAAUUUGCGAGUUUAGUGUCACUCAGGACCAUUGAUGAUCUGAUAAUUAAAUACUUAGACGUCAUUUGUCGGCACUUAAAACAGGGAACUAGUUUGACUCUGAAUCUUCCUGGAGACAUUUCCACUGAUGAUUUAUACAUUGCCCACAUCAGGUGCCUGUCAUCCAUUUUGGGCUAUCACAGUUAUCUGCCCAAGAGCUUUUCGGACGUUAUUGUGGAUUCAUUACUCCAUGGGAUACAAUCAUCUGAAAAAGCCAUGAUACCUGUUUUGCACUUGUUGACCAUCUGUUCUCAAGAAGUUCCAUCUUCCGUAAAGAGAUACCUAACACCCAUUCUUGUCCAGCUUCAGACCAGGAUAACUACUUCCUUUACAACGCCUGCAAUAUUAGAGUUUCUGUUAGCACUAUCAGAUUCGCCGCUGAUAAUUUCGCACUUGACGCCUGAUGAAUUGAAGAGAGUACUAGCUAUAGCUUUCAAAUUAAUUCAAAGCUCAAAGGACCUGAAAAGAAUGGCUACAAUACAGAAUAUUGUCCAAAAUAUCUCUUACACAGAGCAAGACGCUGACUUCACCCCAUCAACCCAGUCGUUCACCAUUAGCCCUUCUAUUGCACAUUUCUUUUUGACACUAUCAUACAUCGUCAUUUCGAGUUGGUUUUUACGGAUGCGAAUUCCUAGUCGCACAGAACUGGCUCCAUUUGUGGUGAAGAAUCUUAUUGCGAUAGCAUCUGAUGAAUAUGGCGAUGAAGACUUUGAUGCUCGCUCCUACCUUGAAGCUAUAUCAAGAUUUACAACAUCAAGAGACGAUACUGCAUCUUUUUACAAAAUUUUGGAAGACAGACCUCAUGAGGGUGACGAAAAGUUUAGUUUUGGAAGAUGGGCGCUACCUGACAAGAUUGUCAGCAUUGAGACACAAAAAUCAACCGGUGCGUCUAGGAUAGUGGUGAGGAGCUGUUGCAAUGUGGAUGUUUUGAGUCUGCAGAUGGCUGAUAAGUGCCUUCCUGAGACCCAUGACAUUUUUUCAUUGAACAAACAAGACUCUGAACCUGCCAAGCCCUCUGGCGCGAAACCAUUAUAUACAUCGAGCUACAUGUUCAUGCGUUUAGGAUCUUUUGGAAAGAUGGCCUUGAAUGUUACUGGUAAUCGAACGAUCGCUAAAUCAGUCCAGCUUCUUGACAAAAUUCCUUUUACAAAAUUUCACAAAAUCGGUUUGCUCUAUAUCGGUCCAAAACAGUUCACAGAAACAGAAAUUUUGUCGAACACUGAUGGCUCCCGUCAAUACACCAAGUUUUUGUCCCAAUUAGGCCAGGUCAUCCAACUGGCUAAGUCAGACAAUUCUUAUGUAGGGGGUUUGGAAGCGGACAGCGAUGGACAGUACGCGUUGACUUGGAGAGACGAGAAAACACAGGUUGUGUUUCACACGGUGACUUUAAUGCCAAAUAAUGUUAAUGACCCACAAUGCUCUUUGAAAAAAAGGCAUGUUGGGAACGACUUUGUGAGCAUCUUUUAUGAUGAAUCCGGCUCGCCUGACUUCGACUUCAAUUUAAUCAAGAGCCAGUUCAACUUCAUAAACAUUGUGAUAAAACCGUUGGGUUCCGGAAAUUGUGAAAACUUCAAAGUCCGAAUGUACAGAAAGUCAGGAGUUCCCGCAUUCUUCUCCACUUCACAUUUCAAAAUACUGAGCUCCGAAAAUCUGGCUAAGUACGUUCGGCAGGUUUCCGUGGUAGCAGACACCUUCGCCGCGAGCUGGUUUGCUAGUUCUGCUCCUGACAUGUGUACGACCUGGGCCAGAAGAGCGAAAUAUCUGAAGGAGAUGUAUGACAAAGCGUUAAAGAUGACUGACGGAGAAGCAGACGGGACAAACCCACUAGAUUUCACCACAGUUAUCUAA